UACGGUAGCACACUGGACACUGUUGUGACGGCGAAACGUCGUCUCCGGGUUCGCGAAAAACUCUUCACAGCAUCGAAACAGUUAAUGGUAGUUAGCGACAGUUGCUCUGACAAACCCUUCAAGGAGUAACAAGUGUUUACUGUUCGGACAUUUUACUUAUAGCUUGCGGGAGUUUGUUUUUAAACGUCAAAAACUCAAAACUUUGUUGUAGUGAUAUCGGCUCAUUUUGGAAUUAGUAUAUAUUUUUUUGUUGUUGAAAAUUAAGUUUAACGUCUUUUGAGGAACUUUAAAAGCUCAGUCCAGAGGGCAUGGCGAUUAUCUGAAAUGCGCUAAAGCGGAACACCGGAAUCGGAUCAUCAGGAUGACAGAACCAGCGGAGCAGACCCAUCACCUGAAAAGUUCGGGCAGCCCAUCAGGUGGGAGCAGCGGAGGCGCGUUGGAGCAUCUCCCAGCCCGGAGCCGCGGAGGUCCAGAUAACGGCGACAGGGGGCGACAGAGAUACCAAAAACAGCAACAGCGGGCGGGGAACUGUGGGGAUAUCAACACAGACAAGUUAUGGCAAAUGAAAGGCGGACAGAGGGGGGUGUGCCCUGCCUUAGCAGCCGGAAACGAUGUCCCGAAGUGCCCGAUUGCAGCUCAGACUCAUCAGAAAUCCGAUGUUCGUGCAGCGGGGGAAGAUCAUCGCAUCUCGCAGGGGAAAAACGGCCAGGACAGACCGCUUGAAGAGACUUUAAACCAAGUGCAGGGUGAGAGUUUGCUCAUUGACUCCGACACUGGCUUUGAUGCACGUCAGGGGAAGAGAAGGCACAGGCGCAGAACCUCAAAGAAGAAGCGCAACUGGAAGCCUUAUUACAAACUUUCCUGGGAGGAGAGGAAAGCCUUGGAGGAGAAGGAGACGGCCAGGGCUUCCAGACUGAGGGAGGAGAUGUUCGCAAAGGGACUCCCAGUGGCCCCGUAUAACACCACCCAGUUCCUGAUGGACGAGCACGACCGAGAGGAGCCCGACCUCAACACGGAGACUGGGGUCAGGAGACCUUCAGGGGUCGGCGUCCGCAUGGAGGACACUGGCAGCGAGGAGGACUUGUUCGACAACGAGGAGGAGGACGAGGAUGACGGCAGCGGAGGUGGUAGCGACGGUAUCGGGAGAGCCGGGAACGCAGGUGGGGAGUUUCUUCAGAGGGACUUUUCCGAGACCUACGAGAUGUACCACGUCGAGAGCCUGCAGAAUAUGACCAAGCAGGAGCUGGUGCAAGAGUACCUCGAGCUGGAGAAGUGCAUGUCCCGGCUGGAGGAGGAGAACAACCGGCUGAGGAACGCCGUGGAGCCAGGAGGACCGACCGUGGAAAGCUCCCUGGUCCGGCUCAGAGAGCUGGAGAGGGAACUGGAGAGACUGAGGGCCCAAAACACGGAGCUCCUCCUGCAGAACCAGGACAGGGACCCGGUUCCUACCAAUUAAAGGACCCAAAUUUGAAAAAGGUAACACAUGGGACUUGCUGCAUUGUUAAAAAAAAAAAAAAAAAAUUGUCAUCAGUGUUCUGUAAACAGUCUUUCAUCUGGACGGAUGAGUCCUUGCAUUGCAAUGCAAUACUUGACGUUUCUUUUCUAUUUGGACUAAAAUGAUGUCCUGUUAAUUUUUUUAAGAAGAAAAAUGUUAAUAUUUCAAAUAAGAUUCGUUUUUAUAAAGAGAAUGUAUUUGAUAAGGCGAGUUGUUUUGUUUUCCCGGGUCAACUUAUCAUUUUACAUUUGUUCCGUUUUUGAAUUCAAGGCAAACACAUGUAUCAUUUCCAACAUUAAUUAUUUGAAUGCUGCUGAUCGGGCAAGCUGUGCAAAGAUUGUUUUUGCAGAAAAAAA